GCUCUGCGCUUGGCAGUUCUUCCUGGCAGCAGGCGGCCAUCUUGCUUGGAACCAGAGAGAGGGAGAAGAGAGAAGGAAAGGGUGACACUGGUCUCAGGGCCGCCCCGGGAGCCUCAAGAGCCGGAGGCAGCCCCGGAGGCUCCCGCGGGCGGACACGCCGGAAGAGGAGGCCGGGGAAUGGCCGCGGUGUGGCAGCAGGUCUUAGCAGUAGACGCGAGGUACAACGCGUACCGCACACCAACGUUUCCACAGUUUCGGACGCAGUAUAUCCGACGGCGCAGCCAGCUACUGCGGGAGAAUGCCAAGGCUGGGCACCCUCCAGCAUUGCGUCGGCAGUACCUGAGGCUGCGUGGGCAGCUCCUAGGCCAGCGCUACGGGCCCCUAUCUGAGCCAGGCAGUGCUCGUGCCUAUAGCAACAGCAUCGUCCGCAGCAGCCGCACCACCCUUGACCGCAUGGAGGACUUUGAGGAUGAUCCUCGGGCCCUGGGCGCCCGUGGGCAUCGCCGUUCUGUUAGCCGAGGCUCCUACCAGCUGCAGGCACAGAUGAACCGUGCAGUCUAUGAGGACAGGCCCCCCGGCAGUGUGGUGCCCACAUCAGCGGCAGAAGCAAGUCGAGCCAUGGCUGGGGACACAUCGCUGAGCGAGAACUACGCCUUUGCGGGCAUGUACCAUGUUUUUGACCAGCACGUGGAUGAGGCAGUCCCCAGGGUGCGCUUCGCCAAUGACGACCGGCACCGCCUGGCCUGCUGCUCGCUCGAUGGUAGUAUCUCCCUGUGCCAGCUGGUGCCCGCCCCGCCCACUGUGCUCCGCGUGCUGCGGGGCCACACCCGCGGUGUCUCCGACUUCGCCUGGUCUCUCUCCAAUGACAUCCUUGUGUCCACCUCGCUCGAUGCCACCAUGCGCAUCUGGGCUUCUGAGGACGGCCGCUGUAUCCGGGAGAUCCCUGACCCCGACAGCGCCGAACUGCUCUGCUGCACCUUCCAGCCGGUCAACAACAACCUCACUGUGGUAGGGAAUGCCAAGCACAACGUGCAUGUCAUGAACAUCUCCACGGGCAAGAAGGUGAAGGGUGGCUCUAGCAAGCUGACAGGCCGAGUCCUUGCUCUGUCCUUUGAUGCCCCUGGCCGGCUGCUCUGGGCGGGCGAUGACCGCGGCAGUGUUUUCUCCUUUCUCUUCGACAUGGCCACAGGGAAGCUGACCAAAGCCAAGCGUCUGGUGGUGCACGAGGGCAGCCCGGUGACCAGCAUCUCCGCCCGCUCUUGGGUCAGCCGCGAGGCCCGGGACCCCUCACUGCUCAUCAACGCUUGCCUCAACAAGCUGCUGCUCUAUAGGGUGGUGGACAACGAGGGGACCCUGCAGCUGAAGAGAAGCUUUCCCAUUGAGCAGAGUUCGCACCCCGUACGCAGCAUCUUCUGCCCCCUCAUGUCCUUCCGCCAGGGGGCCUGUGUGGUGACGGGCAGCGAGGACAUGUGCGUGCAUUUCUUUGAUGUGGAGCGGGCAGCCAAGGCCGCCGUCAACAAGCUGCAGGGCCACAGCGCACCCGUGCUGGACGUCAGCUUCAACUGUGACGAGAGCCUGCUGGCUUCCAGUGACGCCAGCGGCAUGGUCAUCGUCUGGAGGCGUGAGCAGAAGUAGACUUCCAGCCCUGCCACCAUCCACCUUCCACCCACCUCCUGCCCCAGCCUUGUGUUUGUAAAUAAAGUUCCUGUGGUUGUGCUGA